CAGAUUUUCGGUCACCAGCUCAGGCCUUUUCCGAUGUCCUCACUGCCGACCGAACUCGUCGACCUCAUCGCCUCUUACGCCAGCGCAUCCGAUCUGAUCGCCUUGGGGCUGGCAUGCAGACGAUUCAGCCAAAUAUGCACCCGGCAUCUGUAUCGCACGGUGCGCAUACAGGGAGCGCUGGCGCUGUCCCGCGCCAUGCGAUGUUUCAGGACGCUGAGCUCGAAGGUGGAUCUCGCGGCCCAUGUGAGGAGUCUGAUUUUGUCAGUCUCCACUCCUCCUCCCACCUUCGCUGUCCUUCCUCUGAAACCAGCCUAUAUGCUAAUGCCCGGUCUAUUUCCAGGUCGAUGCCUCCGCCGGCCCGCAUCCUCGCAUCGUUCACCCGGCUCUUCCGCGCCGCGCUGACCCAGCUGCGCAACCUCAGCGUCCUCGAGGUGCUCCUCAACGAGGACAUAUUCGCGGCGCUCGCGACAUGCCACCUCCCCUCCCUGACGCGGUGCAGCCUGAUCUGGUCCCCGAGCCUCCCGGCCUUCCUGCAGCUCAACCCGCACCUGAAGCACCUGGGCACGUUGCCGCCUGUCGACUACGACGCGUUCCCGGUACACAUGCCCGCGGUCCGCAUGCCGCGCCUGGAGACGUUCUACGGCACGGCGGCGCUGGCAUGCGCGGUCGUCCCCGGGUCGCGCCGCGUGUCGGAGCUCACGCUCGUAUGGGGCCCGUGGGACAUCGACCGCCCCGGGAGCGUGCUCGGCGCGCUCGGCGCGUCCGGCGCGACGAUCGAGAUGUUCGCGAGCGUGUGCGCGCGCUGGGAGACGCAGCUACUGCGUGCGGUCGGCGCGCACAUGCCCGGCGUGCGGGAGCUGCGGCUGCACCACGUGCUUGAAGCGGCCGACGACGAGGGGGGCGAGGAGGACAUGGACGAGCUGGAGGCCUUCUACGAUUCGGUCGCCGACGCGCUGCCCGCCUUGCGCGAGCUCAGGCAAAUCGACAUCAGCCGCACGGGCAGGCUGGCUGAUCUCGACAUGGUAAACCGGCUCGGCCUGGAGUUGGAGGCCGUGCGCAAGUGGGGAAGACGGUCGUCCGCUCUCAUGCAGUGCGUGCUCGUGAGCGAGACGAGGUGGGUGCGCAUCCGAAACAACGUGUGGUACCCGUAUUCUGUGAUCGAGGCCGCGCCAGCACCCGAGGAGGCAGGCGACCCAGAGGUGCCGGUCGCACAGACCAAGAUGAUGCGUUUCUUUUGGUUUUUGGCGCGGUUGGCGAGUGAUAGAGAGCUGCGGGAAGAGUACGGUCCCGUGAUGCGAGAGCUGAAUGGUCCGGGCUUCAUGGAUCUUAUGGACAGCGUUCUGAGAGAUAUUCCUCCGUCGCUGUCUCGGCAUUGACCCGAAAUAACCCAAGGCGAAACAAGGCGAAACUCCCGCCGACCAGAUGGCGUAUUUCACCAAUGAGCUAUGACCGACGCCCCGUGUUUCGCACUGCGCGCACGCUUGAAUAGUGUCUGUACCCGAUAGCACCGAGUGAUUACCUUAGUGUUCCAAUAAAAUUCAACUUCUGAACCAG